CUGAGCUUACAUUACACACUGCUCCGACGAUCAUGGCCGCUUUCACUAGACUACACGAUUAAUAACAGCCAAAUUUAAGGGAUAGAAAGAGAUCGCCGAGGAGAGUAACCGGAUCUAUGAUUCUUUUACGCCUGUUUCAUCCACGGAUCAGCAAAACCGGUUAAAGAAUUUUAUAUGGAAAGAUGAGUUCUUUCUCGAUUACAAGGAAGAAGACGCCUUUUCAAAAGCAUAGGGAAGAGGAAGAGGCAAAGAAGAAGAGGGCAGAGGAUGAAACAGCUCGUUUAUAUGCUGAGUUUGUGGAGUCUUUUCAAGGGGAUAAUGCACCUGGGUCAAAGGCUUUUGUUCGAGGAGGAACAAUUAACCCGGGUGAAAAAGUGAAGGCUGAUAUUGAAGGUGGAAAUUCCAAAGAUGUGGUAUCUGGUUCAAAGAAGGGGAGUAGGUAUGUUCCUUCUUUUAUACCUCCUCCAAUGGCAACCAAGGGUAAAGAAUACGAGAAAAAGGAGGAGGAGAGGCCAAAGGAGAAAGAGAAAGGGAAGUCAAGAAAUAUAGACCAUUUUAUGGAGGAGUUGAAGCAUGAGCAAGAAAUGAGGGAAAGACGAAACCAAGAACGCGAACAAUGGCGUGAUGGACGUCACACUGAUACUUCAACUCCAUCUAGUCGGUUUGAUGAUUUUCCUGAUGAUUUUGAUCCAAGUGGGAAGCCUGGAUCCUUUGAUGAUGGAGAUCCUCAGACUACCAAUCUAUAUGUCGGAAAUCUUUCACCUCAGGUAGAUGAAAAUUUUCUCUUGAGAACAUUUGGAAGAUUUGGACCCAUUGCGAGUGUGAAGAUAAUGUGGCCUAGGACUGAAGAAGAGCGCAGGCGACAAAGGAAUUGUGGCUUUGUGGCAUUCAUGAAUAGAGCAGAUGGACAAGCUGCAAAAGACGAAAUGCAAGGGGUGAUCGUUUACGAAUACGAGUUGAAGAUUGGGUGGGGUAAAUCUGUUUCCCUCCCAUCACAAGCACUCUCUGCUCCUCCCCCAGGACAUAUGGCUAUCAGGAGUAAAGAGGGUGCCACUGUAGUCUUGUCUGGGCCAUCUGGUCCUCCAGUUACUUCUGUUCCAAGCCAGAACUCUGAGCUGGUUCUUACUCCAAAUGUACCUGAUAUAACUGUCACUCCACCUGAAGAUGAUCAUCUUCGGCAUGUGAUUGAUACAAUGGCUCUUUAUGUUCUUGAUGGAGGUUGUGCUUUUGAGCAAGCUAUAAUGGAGAGGGGCCGUGGAAAUUCUCUUUUCAGUUUCUUGUUUGAACUUGGCUCAAAGGAGCAUACUUACUAUGUUUGGAGGCUGUAUUCCUUUGCGCAGGGUGAUACUUUGCAACGGUGGCGAACUGACCCUUUCAUCAUGAUAACUGGUAGUGGGAGAUGGGUGCCUCCUGCUUUGCCAACAUCUAAGAGCCCAGAGCACGAGGAGUCUGGAGCCACAUUUGCUGCCGGAAAAAGCAGGCGUGCGGAACCAGAAUGGACACUGACUGAUGCACAGAGAGAUGAAUUUGAAGAUAUGCUUCGUGCUUUGACAUUAGAAAGAACUCUAAUCAAGGAAGCAAUGGGUUUUGCAUUAGACAACGCUGAUGCUGCUGGAGAGAUAGUUGAAGUUUUGACCGAGUCAUUGACACUUAAAGAAACACCAAUACCAACUAAAGUUGCAAGGCUCAUGCUUGUCUCGGAUGUUCUUCACAACAGUAGUGCUCCUGUAAAGAAUGCAUCGGCGUAUCGCACCAAAUUUGAGGCAACUCUGCCAGAUAUAAUGGAAAGCUUUAACGACUUAUAUCGAGGUAUCACAGGAAGAAUAACUGCAGAGGCCCUUAAGGUAGCUUUAUAUAUGGCAGAAGCAAUUGCCUCCCCGUUGUUUGUUUUGUUUCUAAUCAAAUUUGACUCUCAUGCUCAGGAACGAGUUCUGAAAGUUCUUCAGGUAUGGGCCGACUGGUUUCUUUUCUCGGAUGCAUAUGUCAGCGGGUUACGAGUUACGUUUCUUAGAUCAGGGAGCUCUGGUGUUGUUCCUUUCCACUCGAUUUGUGGUGAUGCACCAGACGUUGAAAAGAAGGGCAACUCUAAUGACAUAGGCGGUGGUGGAAAGAUCAAUCCUGAUGCAGCAUUGGCAAUGGGCAAAGGAGCUGCUAUGAAAGAACUUUCGAGUCUUCCUCUUGCUGAGCUGGAAAGACGAUGCAGACAUAAUGGAUUAUCUCUUGUUGGGGGUAGGGAAAUGAUGGUUGCACGAUUGCUUUAUCUGGAAGAGGCAGAAAAACAGAGGGGUUAUGAGCUUAAUGAUGAUUUGAGGUAUGUUCAGAACAAUGCAAGUUCUGGUGGGCACCUGAGUAUACCAAAAGAGGUCGAUGUAGAAAUGAAGCCUGUGGGAUUGUCAGGAUGGACAAACCGUGUCGAGGAUGAUACUCAAUCAGAAGGCAAAGGUUCUUCGUCUUUAGCCUCAAUGAUUAAUAUCCCACAUCCUGAGCUGAAAGCAUUCCCAAAUGAAACAAAAGUGGAAUCCGUAUUGCCAGCCUCAAAGUGGGCGAGAGAGGAUGACGAAAGUGACGAUGAACAAAAGAGAAGUACUAGAGAUCUUGGAUUGAGUUAUUCAUCUUCUGGAAGCGAGAAUGGCGGUGGUGGUCUUGGCAACACAAAAGAUAUGGAGUUUGCAAGCAAUGCAGGUAUUUCAGCACAUUCUGAUAGUGGGCUAAAUGAAGAGCAGAGGCAAAAGUUGAGGCGUCUUGAGGUUGCAUUGAUGGAGUAUCGUGAAUCCCUGGAAGAGCGGGGGAUAAAGAACAUGGAAGAAAUUGAAAGAAAAGUAGCAAUCCAUCGGAAACGGCUACAUACUGAAUAUGGCUUAAUGGACUCUAGUGAAGAUGCGUCACACAACAGAAGAUCUUCCAUGGAGAGGAGGGAGAGAAGAGAUGGGUCCCGUGAAUCUUCAAGAAAGCGGCACCGCAGUCAUAGUGGCGGGGAAAGCCCACAGCAUAAAUCAUCUAGCAGAGACAGGGAGAGGGAGAGUGAUGUUAGAGAGCGGCAUCACAGGAUUAAUAGAAGUUAUGAUCAAGAAAGUGAAAGGGGAAAGGAACGAGAUCGUGAUAGGGAUAGGGAUAGAAGAAGAAGAAUGAAAUGAGUUGAGAACUCUUAACCUUCCUUAAUCAGUACGAUUGGAUAGCGAUCGAUAUGUGUAGAAAAAAUGAACCCUUUUUUGUUUUAACAGAAAGUUGCAGGUUUUCUU